GCCCGACACUUCAGCUGCACAGACAGACAGCGAGGCGUUUGUGCUGUUUCUCUUCUUUACUGCUGCUUUGGUCCGUGUAAUCAAAGACAUGGAAAGCGACUGCACGGACUAACGUGUACUUGGCACGUUUACGGAAUAAACAGAAAACAUAACCGUGUUUUUGGACCUUUAUGACAGGUGGGCCACUCUUUCGUGUGCCAUGUGGGAGUAAAUGUUCCUAAGAGGUGCCAUGCUUGCCACGCAGAUGCCAGACACAGCAACGGAGGCCAAAGAUGUCAGACAGAUCAAAGAGAAGUUGGUACAAUCACUUAAAGCCCUUCAGAAGAGAUAUGUAACAUCAGACGCCGUGGUGACCAGUGAAGAUGGGGAUGCUAACCUCCUCUGCUGUGCCCUUGAGGCCAUCUUCAUCCACGGGAUCAAGAGCAAGUACGUCCGGUCUGAGGCCGGGGGCCGCAACAGAAAGGGGGGACCCCUCCCGCAGCCUUUUUUCUGGAGCCUCCUCAAGACUGUCACCCACCGUGAUGUGGUGACGGAGCUGGAGAAGAUCAGCUUUGUGGGCACGGACGUGGGUCGCUGUCGGGCAUGGCUGCGGCUCGCCCUCAACCACGGCCUUCUGGAGUGCUACCUCCUAUCGCUGUUUCGGGAAGACUCCAAGCUGCGGGGCCAUUAUCAACCCAGUGCCUUGCUCCUGAACACAGAGGAGCGAGAAGUUCUGCUCAGCUACCUCCAGGGUCUGGCCUCGCUCACAUUCAGCCUGUCUUACAAGUCAGCCGUCCUCAACGAAUGGACCACCACCCCCCUGGCUCUGGCUGGACUGUGUCCGCUGUUCCAGGUGGACCCACGCGACCUGCCCCUGAACGGAGAAGGACAUCCCAACUCCAAGCCCGCUCGCAAGGAAUCCUGGGAUACGGUGUCUCAGUCUUCAAGCUCGUCGGAUGCCUUGGACGUGCAGAGAGUCUGCCCAGCGUUCGUGGCAAGGGGGACAGGUGUGUUGCAAGGAGACAGGACUGCAUUUCACUCCUCUAAUUUAAGCCUGGACACCACAGGCUCCUCCCAGCUCUCGUCCAGCUACGGCUCUGACAGCCUCCUGCAGGGGCAGGACCACCGCAGCCCCGCGGGAGACCACUGGUCUUCAGGGGACCUGGAUGCACCCAUUAAUGUCAGCAUCACCAGCAAGAGGCCACAGAAGGAUGGGGGGGCUGAUUUCAGGGAGAGUGGACACUGCAGUCAGGACUCCAUGCGUGAAGAUUCGUUUGUCUCCAGCACAGGAGCUGACCAGUUUCCAGAGACUGUCACACUCAGCGGCUCAGACAGCGAGACCCUGGGUCCUGCUAUAUCCCCCCAAGACCCUAUUAUGUCCUCCCAAGACCCUAUUGUGUCAGCCCUAGACCCUGCUGACCAACUCCCAAAUUCAGAAUCAGAGCCAUCGCAGACAUCCGUCGCGCUGCCGUCACGUGACGAGCGACCAGAUGACCAGUCUCCCCUUAAAAUCUGCAAUAACGCUUCUUCUGAAUCGCCCUCGGACCCAGCUGCAAUGGGUGAGCUUAAGGAGGAAGUACGUGUGGCUGGUGUUGAGCAGCGCAGCAAGCCUGUCCAGGAAAUGAAGCAGAAGGAGGACUCCAAAGACUCGAACUUCCAAGUGCAUAAAGGCCCGCAGCGCUCUAGCAGCGUCCUCAGCAGGAAAUUGUCCUCAGAUUCAUUGUCGCACUCACACUCUUGGAUUUCUGACGAUGACAUUUACAAACCUCACCUGGAAGAGGUGCCAGACACUGACGACGUGCCUCCCUCUGCUCCAGCAGCUGAACCCAAAGCGUCUCAGUCACCUCCCAGUGUCGUCCAUCGAAGGCAAAUAGGGUUGUCCAACCCCUUUCGAGGCUUGCUGAAACUCGGCCACCUGGAGCGGCGAAGUACGAUGGGAAUGUGGCGGGAUUAUUACUGCGAGCUCUCGCCCUUCGAGUUCCGCCUGUACCUCAACGCGGAGGAGCGGACGUGUUAUGACAACUGCUCCCUUCUGAGAUGCGAAGAUGCUCGCAUCACCUCACCGGAGGGCCGCUUCGAGCUGACUUUCCCCGGGAAGAGACUGUACCUCCGAGCAGCCAAUCACGAUGAAGCGGAGGACUGGGUGGACCGGAUUGUAGAAGCCGUCAACAAAUGCCGGCCAACAUCACGUGCCGAUGAGCAGUGGGAGGUGCUGCAGCCCUGCAGUGAGAAUGGAGUAGAUGAGCGCACACUUUCAUCCCCAUCCUCGGGCCCCUCCAGCCCUGAGCGAUGCGUAUUGUCCUCUGACAUGGGAAUAAGCGGAGGGCAGGAGGCAACUACUCCUUCACAGGAAUUUGACUGGACUCGGACUGCUGAUUUAGAAACGGAUGCCCUCAAAGAGGCUGUUUUAUACUUCUCCACAGAUCCGGAGGCCCGGACAUGGGCGCCUCUGAUCUUCUCCCUCUCACUGGAGGCCUUGAAGGGCUUUCAAGUGCAAGACAGAAAGAAGUCAUUGCGGCUAACGUACCUUAUUGAGCAAAUACGUGACGUGGUUCCUGAUGUUUCUCUGGGCGGACCCGCCUUCUUCAAAGUCCUGACUGUGAAACAGACGCUGAGGCUCAAGGCAGAGAGCCCGGAGGAGGCUCGCUCUUGGAGGAGUUUGAUCCGUGGAGCUCUGGACUCGUAUUUGGAGAGCGGGGAGGAUGGACUCUGUGAAGAGUCUGCUGCUACAUAUCUGAGUACUGGAUUGACUGGAAAUUUGCACAGACUAGUGCAACACAGACUGAAAGAAGAUGGAGCACUUCUGGUUCAUCUCUGUACGGUUCCAUCAGAAAAGGGGCUGGACGCUCAGAGCUUCAAAUGUGCAGACUGUCCUCAGCAGAUCGGCCCGUCCCUGGGCAGAGCCAGGUUGUGCGAGUUCUCGGGCCAGCACUACUGUGACUCCUGCCACAACGGGGACAUCACCAUCAUUCCCUCACGAGUGGUGCACAACUGGGACCUGACACAGCGGGAGGUGUCAAAGAGAGCCCUGCGGUUGCUGGCUCAGGUAAAGGUGGAGCCGCUGCUGAACCUGGAGCAGCUGAACCCUGAGCUGGUGAAGCACGCCGAGUCCAUGGCGCAGGCCCACAGCCUGCGGCAGAGGCUGCGUCUGCUGGGGGACUAUCUGCUCACCUGCCGCAGCGGCGCCUGUAAACACCUCAAAGCCAGAAUGGGGCAGCGAACAUACCUGUUGGAGUCGAGUCACCUGUACAGCGUCAUGGACCUCCGACAGAUAGCAGAGGGCGAGUACACAAUGUUCUUGACGAACCUGGUGCAACAUGCCUCUAACCACGUACACGACUGUGACCUGUGCACUCAGCGGGGCUUCAUUUGCCAGAUAUGUCACUCCGAAGACAUCCUCUUCCCCUUCCAGUUCGACAGCACCGCCAGGUGUAAAGAUUGUAAAGCCGUUUUCCACCUGGCCUGCAAGUCCGGCAGCAGCUCCUGUCCUCGCUGCCAGAGAAUGAAGAAAUACCUGGAGAGGGAUGUGCAGGACUGAGCGCUCCUGCCCGUCACGAAGGCCGCCACUUUAAAAGAGCUUGGAAAUUUUAAAAAGCAAGUCAGUUCUUGCUUUUACUUAAAAUGACCUCAAGUGCAAUUAUGAGUGCGAUCAGCCUACCCUAACUGGCUUUAAAACACGAUGAAGGGAAGAGGUUAAGAGCCUCGGUGCUGCAGCAGCCGGACUCCUGCACUAUUUCAGAGGAAAACACACCGACACAACGCAGCCAAAUGUCACUGACCGGGGACUUUCUCACCUCUCAAUUCUGAUUUAGCCACGUCAAUGAAGCAAAAGCGGGACGGAGGUGACGGCUGCAGCCGUGAAUUGUAUCCAGCACCUUUUUUACAUUGUUGUUUUUUUACUUUGUGUCAAAUACAACAUUCUUAAGCUUGGUGUUUACCAGAGCCGCGCUACAUGAUGUGGUUGUCUUGUUAUUCAGCUGUGAGGCUUGAACAUGCAACAACAAAAAAAUGAAAAGAGCACUUGAAAUUAUCUAAUAUCUAAUAUGUAACAGAUUUUGAUGGUGCCUUUUUUUCAUUUAAGCUUUACAUUCUUCUUCUCGUGAUUAGAGAACGAUGAAGCAUUACAUAACUGUUUAUUUUAAUAACUACAAUCAUAAACUGAAGGUAACUGAUUCAUUUGAUCCUUAAUUGAGUGUAAUUGUGAAAUUGUCGCUUUUUUUCUCCUGAUCAAACAUGUUCAGAGAUUCAUAAAGUACUAAAAUAAAGAGAUGAAUAUAUGUUAAAAAAAAAUAUGAUUGCUGUUUGGCAUUAAAAUUUGGGUAGUAAAUUAUUGGCUUUAAUUUUUUCCUGGAGAAAAAGAAAGUACAUUUUGCAUAAUUGCACUUUGCUGUGACUGUUAAGUGAAUAUUUCAGUUGGAAAGUUGAUAUCAGAGAGCACAUGAAUGACCCCCAAUCUGGCAAACCAUGUGUGCUUCUGGUAUAUUGUUUUCCACAUUUACCAUAUGUUUGUUGUUUUGUUUUUUUUUGUUUUGCUUUUUUUUUAAUCUUUUGAAUUUAAUGUGUAGUGAGCAGAGUGUUGAAUCUUUAAUUCUUUGCUAAAACUGCCAAGAAAAAAAAAAAUGGGUAGAUGUUUACUUAUCGAGUCCAGCUUGAUAUAUGCAGAACAUAUCAUAUGCAAAAAGAACUCUGAAUACUGCAGUACUGUUAUUCCUGGUUGUAUUUAUUCUGUCUCAUCACGUAUGACGUGUAAAUUGCCGUACUGAAAUAAAAGUCAGUGAGUCUGA